AUGGGGAGCCACAGGGGCCACGUCCAGCACUUCCUGCGGCCGCUGCGGCACUUCCUGGAGCCGCAGGACAUGGAGAGCGUGUUCAUCAACAUCGAGGAGCUGCUGCAGCUGCACCGGCUGUUCCUGGGGGACCUUCGGGGGGCGCUGGGGGCCUGGGUGACUGCCCCCCUCUUCCUCACCUACAAGGAGAGGUUCCUGCUGUAUGGCCGGUACUGCAGUCAGGUGGAAGGGGCCGCCCGGCGCCUGGACCAGCUCUCGGCCUGCACCGACCUGCGCAUGAAGCUCCAGGAGUGCUCCCAGCGGGCCAACAACGGGCGCUUCUCCCUGCGGGACCUGCUGAUGGUGCCCAUGCAGAGGGUGCUCAAAUACCACCUGCUGCCCAGGUGGCUGGUGAAGUUGACCCCGGAGCCGGCGGAGAGGGAGCGGCUCAGGGCCCUGGACGCCAUGAGGGACCUGGCCCAGUGUGUGAACGAGGUCAAACGGGACAACGAGACCCUCAAACAGCUCACGAGUGUCCAGCUCUGCCUGCACAACAUGCCCCAGUCCCUGGCGCAGUUUGGGCGCCCCAAAAUCGACGGGGAGCUCAAAGUGUCCAGCACCGAGAGGCGCUCCAAGGUGGACAGGUACGGGUUCCUGCUGGACAAGGCCCUCAUCAUCUGCAAGCGCCGCGGGGACUCCUACGAGGCCAAGGACGUGGUGGACCUGCAGAGCCACCGCCUGGGGGACAGGGACCUCGGGCCCCGUGACGGAAAGAAGUGGUCCCACAGCUUCGCGCUGGUGGACACGGCCGGGCUCCAUCACUACGAGCUCUUCUUCAAGACACAGGACAUGAAGAAGAAGUGGCUGGAGCAGUUCGAGAUGGCCCUCUCCAACAUCUUCCCCGAGCACGCCCUGGCCGACGGGCACGACUUCCAGAUGUUCUCCUUCGAGGACACCACGUCCUGCAAGGCCUGCCAGAUGUUGCUGAGGGGCACCUUCUACCAGGGCUAUCGCUGCAGCCGCUGCCGCGCCCCCGCCCACAAGGAGUGCCUGGGCCGGGUGGGGACGUGCGGCAAAGCCGGAGCCGAUUUCGGCCCCAGGAAGAACAAAUCGCAGCGUCCGGGACCCGACAAGAAACGGGGGGACCUGGGGCUCCCCAAGGUCGAGACCACCCAGCCCUACAACGGCGUCCCCACCGGGUCCUGGGACCCUCUGCGCCUCAGCCCCGGUGACGUCAUCGAGGUCACGGUGGCCGAGGCCGAGGAGCUCUGGUGGCAGGGCAGGAACGUGGCCAGCGGUGACCAGGGCUGGUUCCCGAGCGGGGCCGUGAGACCCUUCGUGGCUGUGCCACUGCCGGACCUCUCCGUGUACCCCUGGUUGGUGCUGGGGACCCCCCGCUGCCCCCCAAAUCCUCCUCUGGGACCCCCAUUUCCCUAG